AUGGGGUUAUGCUGUAGUUGUUUGAGAGGUGAAAGUUCUCUCGAGGAUUCGACAGGGUUGCCCAUUGCAGAAAAUGAAAGGGAAGCAGUGACGUCGUUGUUGGAGUUUUUAGAAAAUAAGGACCAAUACGAUUUCUAUUCGGGGAAACCGUUACGGGCUUUAACAACGUUGGUUUAUUCUGAUAAUUUGAAUUUACAAAGAAGUGCUGCAUUGGCGUUUGCAGAGAUUACUGAGAAGUAUGUUAGUCCGGUAAGCAGAGACGUUUUGGAGCCGAUAUUAAUGCUAUUGACCAACCCAGAUCCACAAAUUAGGAUUGCAUCGUGUGCUGCGUUGGGUAAUUUGGCUGUUAACAAUGAAAAUAAGUUGUUGAUUGUGGAAAUGGGUGGAUUGGAACCCUUGAUUGAGCAAAUGAAAUCUGAUAACGUGGAAGUGCAGUGUAAUGCUGUCGGGUGUAUUACCAACUUGGCCACUCAAGAUGACAAUAAGAUUGAAAUUGCCCAAUCGGGUGCCUUGGUACCAUUAACAAAGUUGGCUAGAUCUUCAAAUAUCAGAGUUCAAAGAAAUGCUACUGGAGCUUUGUUAAAUAUGACUCACUCUGGAGAAAACAGAAAGGAAUUGGUCGAUGCUGGUGCAGUCCCAGUUCUUGUCUCUUUACUCUCCAGCAUGGACGCUGACGUUCAAUAUUACUGUACGACAGCUUUGUCAAACAUUGCUGUCGAUGAGUCCAAUAGAAGAUACCUUUCAAAGCAUGCACCAAAACUGGUCACCAAGCUUGUAUCUUUGAUGAACUCUACUUCACCUCGUGUGAAAUGUCAAGCUACUUUGGCCUUGAGAAACUUAGCUUCAGAUACCAACUACCAAUUGGAGAUUGUUAGAGCUGGUGGAUUACCAGACUUGGUUCAAUUGAUUCAGUCGGAUUCUUUACCAUUAGUCUUGGCCAGCGUCGCAUGUAUCAGAAAUAUUUCCAUCCAUCCAUUAAACGAAGGUCUAAUUGUAGAUGCCGGAUUUCUACCACCUUUAGUAAAAUUGCUUGAUUACCAAGAAUCAGAAGAAAUUCAAUGUCAUGCUGUUUCAACUUUAAGAAACUUGGCUGCUUCAUCUGAAAAAAAUAGAGCAGAGUUCUUCCAAUCUGGUGUAAUUGAAAAAUUCAAGCAACUUGCCUUGACAUGUCCCAUCAGCGUUCAAAGUGAAAUUAGUGCUUGCUUUGCUAUCUUGGCACUUUCAGAUAAUACUAAAUAUGAUCUUUUGCAACAAGACGUACUAAAAGUUUUGAUCCCAAUGACAAUGUCCCAGGACCAAGAGAUCUCUGGUAACUCUGCUGCUGCUGUAGCAAACUUGAUCUCUAGGGUCAGCAAUUUAGAGAAAAUAUUGGAGUACUGGGGUCAACCAAACGAUGGUAUCAAGGGUUUCUUGAUCAGAUUCUUGUCUAGUGACUUCCCUACCUAUGAACAUAUUGCUCUAUGGACCAUUUUACAACUAUUUGAAUGUCACAACGAAACCAUUUACAAGUUAAUUAAAGAAGAUCAAAAACUCGUCAACGGGGUCAAGAAAAUCGCUGAUGAAAACUACGCUGUGGCUAGGGAAUACAUGCAAGAUGGACAAGAUACCAACAUUGAUCACAAUGGAAAUUCGAACAAUAUAGAAGGCAAUGGGAGAUCUAACAAGCAGUCUAGUGAAAAGGAAGAUGCUUCUUUCGAGUUGUACAACAUUACUCAACAAAUUAUUCAAUUCUUAGUAUGA